AUGAACAAGAGACGAGGUAUGACUCCUACAUCAUUGCUUCAAGACUAUGAAGUGGAUGUAGACGAGAUCAAACCCGGUAAAGAAACCGGAAACAGCUCUAAAACGACUGCAACCACUCCCGCCUUCGACCAAAGCUUGUUAAACCAGAGAGAGAGAUCGUUGGCCUUAAACAGCGAAGGGCUUGAGGGAUUGAUUCCGCGUGCCAAGAUCUUGCUGACAAUUGGAGGGACUUUCUUCUUGGGAUUUUGGCCGUUGAUAGUCUUAACUCUUGGAGCCUUCUCUGCACUUUACCUUUACUUUGGAGCAGAUUUCGUUCAUGAUGGAAGCAGAACUCCGGUUUCACCACCACCGUACAUCGAUCCAUAUGCUCUGUUGGAGGAUGAGAGGAUAUCAGGGAUCGAUCCUCGUCUAAAUUAG